AUGAAUGUGGAUGAAUCCGAGCUCGAAUCGAGAGAAUAUGAAGGAGUGCCCUAUUUUGUCAUUAACCCUAAGUCAAAAAAACCAUACGAUCCAAGAAUUUCUCAGUUCCUGUCCUGGUUGAAAGGAAUUAAAGAUGCCAUUAAUAAAAAUUAUCUGAAAGUAAUUUACCUGUUUCUGCUAAAUCCUGAAAAAGAUAUUCUCGAAAGCUACACUCUGAAAUUCAAAUACAACACCGAUCCGAAUAACAACACUCCUGAUAGAAAAACCCCCGAUUAUGUUAAAGAGUGCACCAAGACUCUACUGGCAGCUAUAUCUUUGUUAUCCGAACAACGGAAAGUCAAUGAAGAUUCGAGCAUUUCCAUCGAACUUCAAUACAAUAAUGGAACCCCGGCGGAUUACGAGCCCCACAAUUUCGGCGCUAGUUCAAACGCAUACUGUCGGAGAUUCUCUCAAAAUACCCAUUUAUUGGGUAUAUUAAGCACAGGAUAUCAUAACUUAAAAGCUUUUUGUUCUCAGCGGCCUAAAACACCUGCAUUAAGCUUGAUGGAAACUGAGGAUACAUUAUCGCAUAAGGGUAAACGGAAAAUAACUAACAACGAUGACGAGGAAAGAGCGGAAAAAAUUAAAAAACUUGAGCACCAUAACUUAUUUGAUACAAGCGGCAUCACCUUAUCUGAUCAAGAAACAGCUUCUUCAUUUUUUCAUGUGAAUAAUGAAGAAAACGAGCAUUGCAUUUGCGAGAUCAAAUUUUCUCAUGUCGAUCUCUUCAAAUGUGCCGAGUGCCUGCAUUUUUGUCAUAUACCUUGUUACGGUUUGCUCUACAGAAAGAAGUCUGCAAACAUUUUAUGCGUAGACUGCGAACUGGCAAAUGGGACAAUUGCAGCAGAAAAUUUAGUCGAUAUUAAAAUAACAGCUUACGUUAGAUUAGUGCUCUACUUCUACAAGAAAACGGGUAGGGUACCUAAAGAACUAGACGGCAUGACAGAUGAGGAUAAGUAUGCUACAUUUCGGAAAUUGAAACGUUGCAAAAUCAUUCCAAAAAUGUCUAAAAAGGAGAUGCAUAAAUGCAAAUUUGAAGAAAUUAAAGUUAAUGAAGACGAAGCAAACGCAACUCUGUCGCUCUUAUUUCCAGACAAAGAUCCGGAUUCGGCUGCACUCUAA